GUCGUCUUGGAAUCGCAGAGGAAACAUUUUAUAUCCUGCUGCAACAAUGACGAGUUCAGGCUUGGAGAGAGUUUAUUAUUAACGAGAGACGAACUGCUGCUGUGUGAAUUUUCACCGUGUUUGAACGAACCGCGUCGUACGAGGAGGAGACUGAUCACCAGCUGGGAUUUCUGGAAGAUCUCCUGGAAAACUAAAGAAGUUACACAGAACCGCGCUACUCAGCAUCCAUGUGAUUCCAUUACCAGCCUGGCAGAUUCAGAUGUGGGAGAAUGGACCAAGACUAUGCUGGGCUAACUGAGGCUUUCGAGGCACAGAAGAAAUAGAAGAUCUUUGGGAUCAAUGGAGAUGGAUGAGGACAUUCACUGUCUCAAGGACAGAGGAAAAGUCAACGCAGACACAGUAUGGCAAUGGCGAGUUUUUCAUGCAAAGAAAUAUUCAACACAUCCAGAUCCAUUCUUUUACAGUAAUAAAAUCGGACUGAAUUUUAAUGUUGCCUCCAGCUCUCACCCAAAACUGAAUUCACCAUUUGUGCCAAAUGGCGUCAUACUUGAGGUGUGUGAAUUUGCUCGAACGAUCAAUAAGAGUAGUAUGCACUUCAUCCCAAACAUUCUGGAAAACAAUUUUGAUCUUGGAUUUGAAAAUGAUCAACAGCGGAUGGAUUUCACUGCUCAAAUUCAGCACAAGCUGAAAGACUUGGUCCGAAAUCCGGUGAAAGAUAAAAAUGAGGUUUUUGCUCUUUUCGACACCUGGAAGACAGAAUGUAGCAAUAAUGGACUGAACAAGGCAACAAGGACACACAAACCUCAGAGUUUCUUCAUGGAAAUGGAGGUUCUAAGUGAACUUGAACAAUUAUUGAAAUGUUCCUCUGAAAAAGAGACGGAAGAGAUAUCAGGAUCACACACUGAUGGCGAUGAUCAGAAAGAUAACACUGAUUGUUCAGGAAGAGAAAUGAAAGAGGUUGUCAAUGAGGACAUUCCUUUGUUGUUGUUCUCUUCUUGUGAAAACAUUGGUUUGAAGCUUGGCACGGGGACUAAACAAAGUCUUGAUCCAGGCUUGUUAACAGAGAGAGUGAUGUUGGAGUUGGUGGAUUUUGCUCGAGUCUUGACUGCCUCCUUCACCUCCAUUGUCGUCAGUGUGUUGGAGCAUAAUUUUGAGCUUGAUCUGAAAAGUCAAGAGAGAAGGAAUGAAGUGUGGUUAUUGAUAUCACAGAUGCUAAAAAGGGGGAAACAAAUGGCCUCCAUUAACACAAACUUCAUCCCAGAGUUUGAAAAUGAGCCAUUUUUCUUUGAGAGAAACCCAUUAAAGAGAGCCUACGUACCAGCACUGUCUACAGUGGAAACCCUUCUGUCAGAAGAGACAAAGAGACAAAAGCUGGAUUUCAGUGCUUCUCAGGAAAAGAUGCCUCCUUCAGUCACAAAGUUCAUCAUGAAGAAGGACCAAGGACAACUGGAUGAAAAUUUGAACGAGAAAAAUCUCUCUCACAACACUGAGUUGUGUUCAAGUGCAGAAGAGGAAGAUGAGCAUUGCCACAUGUGCCCAGAAGACGAGACCCUCCAAAAUAUUCCAAACAAAUCUGACAUGAACCACGAGGAAUUGGAAGCAGAGACCAACAUAUGGAAGUUUCGUUCCAAUUAUGUGAAAAAAAUCCUAAAAGCGCUCGACAAAAAGCUUUGCUUAGACCACCGGGGUGGAUUGUUGGUGUUUGAUAUUGGAUGUAGGCCCCCCAGAAACGCCAGUCCAAAACAAUUGACAUCUUCUGUUCUGUACAAAGUUGUUCAUUUUGCAUUAGCAAUGAGUUCAUCCCAGCAGAAUGUCCUUCUGGAUAUUCUAGAAUACAACUUUAACUUAGGCCUGCAGAGUGAAUACCAGAAAAUGACGUUUGCACAUGAAGUCAUGAAAAGAGUACAGGAAUUAUUGGCCCGUGACAACAGAGAUAACAUUUUGAAAGAGGUGUUUUUUUUUCCAGGUUCUCUGUCAUUCAGUAAAGUGAAGUGUGAGAGUGAUGACAGUGUUGAUUCUGAACCUGAAACUUCACAGACAGCUUCAGACCUUUAUCCAUUCUGCAAGAAGAUUGGUUUGAAGCUCAAUGUGAGUUUCUGUCACCCAGAUAAAAAGCUUGAACUCAACAAACUGACCAACGGAGCAAUGAUUGAGGUUGUGAACUUUGCAGAAAAGCUGUGUGGAAGCUACGAGCAGAUUUGUGUUGAUGUCCUGCGGCACAACUUUGAUCUUGAUUCACAGAUAUCAGAUUCUGAUCUUGCUCAAAAUAUUCUUUCACAGGUUCCUUUUGCCAUUGAGGAAACUAAUCUUCGAUGUUUUUUCAAAAAAACACAGCUUGCGACAAGAAUCGAUUUAAAUGUCAUGGACUCUCAGAGGAAUACAUCUUCACAAACAUGUACUGUAAGUUCAGUUAAAGCAGAGAUGAACCAGAGUGCAAGUCAACCCGGUGACGCUGAAGCACAAAAUGAUCCAGAGUUGCUGUUGUGGAAACUACGAGCCAACCAUGUUCAUCAAAUCCUCUCAGUGCCCCACAAAGACCAGUGUCCACUAAACUCUUACAGCAGAUGUAAGACAUUAGGCAUUGAUUUUGAUGUAGGAUCUGGAUUGAAACGUCAUCUUGAUCCAAAACUGUUGACCAAUGGCAUCAUGUGUGAACUUUUAACUCUUGCCACAAAACUUGGGUCAUCCGCAAUGGAUUUCAUGACCGAGAUUUUGGAGUAUAAUUUCAAUCUGCAAUUCAACAAUGUGCUUCACCGCAAAGCUUUUGCAAAUGCACUUAAUCGGAGAAUGAUCGAAAUGAAUUUUAGGAAGCCCACAAUAAUGCUUCUGAAAUCCCUUUUUGAGCUGCCCGAUGAGAAAUUCAUUCAUGAAGUUGAACCGUUUGUCUUCAAAGGUUUACAAAGUGGUUACCUUUGUCCUGCCAAUUGUUCACAUACUGUGACGAAUGUUGCUUCUGCUGUUGCAAACAACGAGGCAAAUAUGUCUGCACUUGCUCCAAUGUCCACUUUCCCAGCAACAGAGGUGAUAACAAAGCAAUACCAUUGCUCUAAGAAAGCAGGUUUAAGCCUGUGUGUGGAUAACGCUCACCCAAAGGUUAAACUGGACAAAUAUGCACUGACAUGUGGUGUUGUGCAGGAUGUGUACAGCUUUUCCAAAAAACUUUGUGGAACAAAGUUGAGAAUUGUUAAUGAUAUCCUUCAACACAACUUCGACUUGGACCAUCAGAGUCAUGUGAAAAAUAUUGCGAUUCAUUUUGUCAGCAGACUCAACUCAUAUAGUGGAGAGCCUCACUGGUUUAAUGAAGUCUUUGAUAUGAAGCCCAAGCCUCGAGAAUUUCAAUGGAAAAAAACACCUCCUGUGUUAAGUAGUGAAAGGAGGGAAUCAUCUCAAAGAAGGAAGCAGGAUAUGCAACAAGCGAAAGAACUGAUUGUUCAAAGACAACAAGCAGAGCAGAUGGAGGAAAACAUCAGUUCUCAUCGCAGUGAUUUGAGCACCAGUCAAUCAGGAGAAGACUACAUGUGCCCUGUGGAGGAGGACUCAGAUUCAGAAAAUGAUGUGGAUGAUAAUCAGUGUGUCAGUCAAGCCAGGUGGGACUUUUCCAGUGGAGCACAGAUGAAUGAUGUGGAUAAGCAUCACCUCACCACCAGUAAUGCUGCAUCGACUUUGAAUGGAAACACAUCUAUGAGGCCACAAAGUCAACCAGAUGAAAGCCAGUUGGCAGGUGAUGAGAAAGAGGACCAUGUUCCAAGAAAUUUGCCAAAUGGUUGUAUCAUAGACCAAGAAAUGGACCCAGAGCUCAAAAUGUGGAAAUUGCGUGCCAACCGUGUGAGACAAAUCCUCCCAUUUGUGAAAAGGAUGUCCGUUCAGAUCUUCAGGUGUAAACGUGUCACUGUGGAGUUUGAUGUUGGCUUUCAACCUAAAAGAAACUUGAGUCCUGAUCAUUUGACCAACUAUGCACUUUUUUGCAUUGCUCUGUUUGCCCUUGAGAUGAAUGCAUCCCAAGAAGAAUUCAUGAUGGAGAUUCUUAAAAAUAACUUUGACUUACACCUCAAGACCAAAGACAGUGAGACAUUCUUUGCUCGUGAAGUCAUAAAACAAGUAAGAGAGCUUGUUAACUGUGGGGAAGCAGCUAAAGACUUAGAACAGGUGUUUCGACUUCCAGGCUUUGUGUCAUUCAGUGAUUUGAUCCAUCAGACCAGCAGCAGUAUUGAAUCUGAACCACACCCCACAUCAAGCACAGAAGAAUGUGAUGUUUCUUCGAUGGCUACUCCAAGUUUGUCUGCUGAAAAUGAACUGAGCACGGCGACUGAAACUUCUCAGAACAAUGUGCAUCUUUACCCAUUCUGCAACGACAUUGGUUUGAAGCUCACUGUGUGUGGCUGUCAACCAAACAAAAAGCUUGACGUCAACAAACUAACCAAAGGAGCAAUGAUUGAAGUUUUGACUUUUGCAGAAAAAUUGUGCGGAAGCUACGAGCAGAUUUGUGUUGAUGUCCUGAGGCACAACUUUGAUCUGGAUUUGCAAGAUGCAGAUUCAGAUCUGGCGAGAAAGAUUCUUGAACAGGUUCCUCUUGUGAUUGCACAAAUAAAUCUUGAGAACAUUUUCAAAAAAUUAACAUCCCAAAUAAAAUUUCACCCAAUUGACAUAAACUGCCAGAACAGUCCAAGUUCAGAAUCAUGCAGUACUGGCUCCAUCAAAGCAAAAGUUGACCACAGUAUGAGCAUCCACUGUGACAUUAAAGUGCAAAAUGACCCAGAUUUACUGCUGUGGAGACUACGAGCAAAUCGUAUUCAGGAGAUACUCUCUGUGCCUCAUGGACAACAAUGCCCAUUUUACCCAUACAAGAGAUGUGUGAAAUCAGGCAUCGACUUUAAUGUAGGAUCUGGACUGAAACGUAAUCUUGAUCCAAAGCUGUUGACCAAUGGUAUCAUGAGUGAACUUUGUACUUUCUCUGAGGCACUGCUGUCAUCUGCAAAGCAUUUCAUGACAGAAAUAUGGGAGUACAAUUUUCAUCUAAAUUUUAAGGGUGAGUUGCACCGCAGUGCCUUCAUCCAAGGAUUGAUUGUUCGUAAAAGAAAUGUUGAAAAGAUGUGGUCAAAUCAUAAAAUGACAACACUUUACAAGUUGCCUGACCCAGAGAAUUUUGGAGAAAAAGCUCCAUAUUGCCGCAAAUGUUACAGAGAUCGACAAGACGAUCCUGGUUACCUCAGAUGUCGCAGUCCACAUGUCAAGACUCACCAAGCCACUGCUGAUGCUAGCUGCUCAGAACGUCAACCUUAUGAGGCUCCAAUCGCUACUUUCCCAGCCACCAAGAUUCUCAUGAAGCGAUGUUGUUGCUGUGAGGCUGUAGGACUCAGUCUGUGUGUGGACAGAAAUUACCCAAGAAGCAAACUGGACCAUCAUGUACUGACUAAGACAGUUCAGUUGGAGAUUGAACUAUUUGUCAGAAGACUGUGUGGAAAAAAAUUCCGGAUAGUUCGUGACAUCCUUGAACACAACUUCAGAUUGUACACGCAUGAUCAGUUUCUGACUUUGGUCGGGCAGUUGAGCAGAAAACGACCAGAUGCUGGAGAACCCUCGUGGUUCGAUGAAGUGUUCCGCUUAGAGUUACUUCCUCCUAAAGAAAAUGACCCAAAGAACGAAGUGUCUGUUGAGCAGCAAAAUGAAAGGAAGGAAGCGCUCAAAAGGAGACAACUGGAUAUGGUAGCAAAGAAGGAACAACAGAAAGAACCAGUUGUAAAAACACCAAAUCGGAGGGCAAAUAAAAACAUGGAUCCCUAUCCCGUUUGCCGUGAGAUUGGUCUGGACUUAGAAGUGUCAUCACAGUCCAGAGUAAAAGAAAAACUGGACCUGUCACUUCUGACAACAUCUGUUGUGUUUGAAAUACACAAGUUUGUAUCAAAGCAGUUAAGACAGUCUUAUCCCAACACUUUGUACAACAUUUUAAACUACAAUUUCGACAUAAGCUCUCAACAUCACAGAAGUUGGAAAUUUUCUGUAGACACUGCAUCCAAGUUCUUCAACUUAGUCAAUAAAGGUAGAAACAAAGUUGUGGAGGAAGUCUUCAAGUUGCCUUUUGUGUUUUCCAAGAGGUCAAGGAAGUCAGCUGUGCAAGGUCAACCAAGUACUGAUGGUGAGGGACCAUCAUAUUCUGAGAGAAUCAGUCUAAUGCAGCAUGGCCUCCUGGGUACUGACUGGUCCUACGAAUAUGUAGACAUUAAAGAGGAGAUGGAUGAUCCACCAAGCUCUAGAUCAGAAAUGGACCCUGAAGAAAAUUACCCGUCUUGGGAUGAUGCCAGUGGCUGUUUGGACAAUACACGUGGUGAAGAUUUAGUCACAGUUAAAACUGAAGAGUUCAGUGGAAAUAUGUACCUGACAGAAUGUCCAUCUGGAAAUGUUGAUGUCAAAGAGGAGCCACAAAUGGAAAGUGUCCAGGAUUAUGCCCUGUCUGCACCACAAGUGUCUGAUACACACCAGAAUAUGCCAUUUUACCAUUCAGAGCAGUGUGUGAUGGAAACAGAAUACAGCACUGUUGUGAAGUGUGAACCUCUGCAAUACUCUGUGGUGAUAAUCAAAGAGGAGGAGCAGGAGCAUGUGCCAGGUGAAUGAUACUGUUGUGGGUCAAUGCAACGUCAAGUAUUCAUGUAAAAAGUUUCCACAGCCAGCAGGUAUGAAAAUGUAUGAACAGCAGAGUCAACUGGCUGAAAUUUCUGUAAUCUUUGUAAGAUUUUGUUUGAUUGAGAAAAACAUGUUGAAGUAUUGAAUAUUGAAUACUCUGUUAUCAUUAUCUUUAGUGGUUAAAAGAUGGAUGUUUGAGACUUCACAGCAGUCGGGAUCAUUUUGAACAGCUGUGCCAGUUAUUUAAAUGGAGGUACCACUGUACAGAGUUCUGUUCAUUCUUGUAUUUUUCUUUAUUUUGAAUUUGUUGAGUUUGUAAUGUUACUGUCACUGUUGGUUUCAACAUAUGUUCUGUUUUCUUAAAGUGUGUCUGUUCUUCCCGAUUGUUUGUAUACCUUUAUUUGAAUUUUUCAUAAUGAUGGCUCUGUUCCUUGAAUGAUGCAAGCAUUUGUUUCUAUUGUAUGUAUUGUAUAAAAUUCUGAAAAGA